GUAAAUCAAUCCACUUGAGCGUAUUGUGACUAUCUCUUUAUCAAUUCUUAAUUGCAGAUGAAUCAAUAGUAGCAUUAGAAUUUAUAUCAAUCAUCGAUUUCAAGUAUCUUGCUAUAUUAUCUAUGAGACUCUGACAAAAAAUGCACGGAAGUGAAUUUAUUUCCUCGCAAUACCUACCCAAGGAGGCCAAAGAUCAAAGCUACUUCACUAAGAAAUUAUCAGACCAAGGUGAGACCAAUCAUUUUCUUCCACAGAACGUCCCACCGGCGCUUCCUUUCUUAAGUCUGUCCUACGACUGCGUUUCGUUUAUUUUUUUAUUUUCUUUUGAAGUCUUCAUCACUUUCGCCUCCAACUGAGAGGUGCUCUUUCUCCGCUCAUUUAUAAUUUUGCUCGAAUCUGAAUCCCAAAAGUAAGAGAGACAGAGAGCGAAUGGCAUGUGUUACUGGCUCAUACCAAAUCGCGCUCAAGAGUCUAUCAAAACGAAGUACCAAGUAAAUGGCAAGAAUUUCAACGCGAGAUCUCUUUCGAAUCAGACUCAUAAACAACACUUUCAGCAAUCACCAUCCUCCUGUUCGAGUCCUUCUCAAACAGAAUUGCCUUUCUUCAGCUCCAUACUCCUCUUCUUUUCCUUAUAUUAAAGAUAGGCCCAACUCUAUUUAUCACCCAAGUGUUGAACUUCUCAAAUUGUGUCAAAGCACAAGACAUCUAUUUCAAGUCCAAACUCAGUUGAUCACUUGUGGGUUAUUUCCCUUUUGGUCUGCUAGGCUUCUAAAACACUAUUCAGAUUUUGGUAAUAUUGAAUACACCAUUUUGGUCUUUAGAUACAUUGAUUCGCCAGGUACUUUUUGUGUAAAUAAUGUUAUUAAGGCAUACUCAUUCAGUUCUAUUCCAGAGCAAGCUGUGAUUUUCUAUUUUGAGAUGCUGCAAAUUGGGUUCUCUCCAAAUAGUUAUACUUUUGUUUCACUCUUUGGUUCUUGUGCAAAGACAGGAUGUGCCCAAUCUGGGCAAAAGUGCCAUGGGCAAGCUUUGAUGAAUGGGGUCGAUUGUAUUUUGCAAGUGCAGAACUCAUUGCUUCAUUUCUAUGGUUGCUGCGGGGAUGUAGAAUCUGCUAGGAAGGUGUUCGAUAAAAUGCUUGAAAGGGAUUUGGUGUCCUGGAAUUCAAUUAUUAAUUUGUAUGCUAGCAUUGGCGAGUUGGGUAUUGCUCAUGAAAUUUUUGAUGUAAUGCCCGAGAGAAAUGUCAUUUCUUGGAAUACCUUGAUUAAUGGAUACCUGAAGGGUAAUAACCCUGGGUGUGCAUUGAUGGUUUUUAGGAAAAUGGUUAAUAGUGGAUUGCGAGGAAAUGAUACAACUAUGGUAGGCGUGCUUAGCACUUGCGGUAAAUCAGCUAGGCUAAAAGAAGGACGUUCUGUUCAUGGGUUUCUUAUCAGAACAUCCCUGAGAUUAAGUAUAAUUCUUGAUACUUCUUUGAUAGAUAUGUAUAGUAAAUGUCAGAAGGUAGAACUGGCACGGAGAUUAUUUGAUAGCAUGUCAUAUAGGAAUUUGAUUUGCUGGAAUGCGAUGAUCUUGGGCCAUUGCAUUCAUGGAAAUCCAGAAGAUGGACUUAAUUUAUUUGCAGAAAUGAAGAAUUGGUCAGGAGAUGGAGAAGCCAUUCCUGAUGAAGUUACUUACAUAGGGCUUUUAUGUGCUUGUGCUAGAUCAGGACUGUUGACAGAGGGCAAAAGGUUCUUUAGCCAAAUGAUGCACACGUAUAGUCUAAAGCCAAAUUUUGCACAUCACUGGUGCAUGGCUAAUCUGUAUGCAGGUGCUGGGCUAAUUCAAGAGGCAGAGAAUAUACUAAGGGACAUGCCAGAGGAUGAUGAGAAUGCAUCACCGGAAUCUUUGGUUUGGGCUAAUUUGCUCAGUUUAUGCCGUUUCCAAGCAAAUGCAAAUUUUGGAGAAAGAAUAGCCAAAUCUCUGAUAGAUAUGGAACCUUGGAAUUUCUCACACUAUCGGUUGCUAAUCAAUGUCUAUGCUGUGGCAGGAAAAUGGGAUGAUGUUGCCAGGGUAAAAGAGAUGGUGAAAGGAAGAAGGAUGAGAAGAAUGCCUGGGUGUAAUCUUAUGGACUUGAAAGAAAUUGUUCACAAGUAUAGAGUGGGACAUUUUUUGCAGGCAGGGAUUUUGAUGAAAUAGGUAUGAUUGAUAAGUGAAAUGGCUCCAAGUACGUGAAUUGCUGGUUUAGAAUAGCAGCCACUGAACGUAUCAGGGACUGGAACUUGAACUCAGAGUCUAAGCGAGUGAGGAAAGUAUUGACAUUCCUCAGCUAAGCAUUUUCUGGAAGGCAUACUUAUUUCAUAACUGAGAAUGCUUUGACAAUAAAAAUUUUGUAGUUAAUUGAGGAGGAUAGUGGUAGGUCAUUUUUCAACUUCAUAAAGUGCUUGUCAAAAGAAAAGAAGUUUCCAUUUACCGAAUGGAAUUGUAACCAACCAAUUGAUGAAAUAUUUAAACGCAAGGAUUGAA